AUGAAAAUUUUUAGGGAUUUUGUCUUUGUAGUUUAUAUCGCUGUUUCGUAUUUCAUCUCUCACUCCAUAUUUCAAAACUUCGGAGUUACAUUAUUUAAAAUGAAUUUAAGUUGCAUAGUUAGAACAUAUAAGAGUAGAGCUAUUAACAGUGCAGAAAUAUAAAAGUCUCAAUUAAAAACUAAUACAUGUUAGGAUCUUGUACAAGUGCUGGCAGCAUAUAGGGUCAAUUAUUCGAAAUUUUAGCACAAUUAGGGUGUAAUUUGCUUAAGAAUAUUGAUAGGGAGAACAUGAAUAAUUAAUUAGCUUCACAAUUAUCACAUCAUUUUAAGAUAGGCUGACUAAAUUAGGAGGUUAAAAAUGCUUUAAAUUAGGUAAUACUCUUAGCAAGAAGCCAUCAUAAUAAGUAGUACAAUGGCCUGCUGAUUUAAAACAUUCCAGGGUUUCACAAAUUAUCGCUUGA